UUAUCUAUGUGUCAGUCAGCGAAUUGUCAAAAAUGUAAACAAAUGUUUCACCACAUGGUAUUUAUUUUGUGGAUGUAGAUUAAUAUUUAUAAACUUCUAACAAACGACUAAAUAUGAGAUAAAUUUGUCAUAAUUCAAGAAAUAUAUCUAUUUUUACGUCAAAAUGUCGCAUCAACUAGGCCGUGUUGUCUCCGAACUACUCCUCAGAUAUUUUGGAGAAAUAGUGGAAAAAGUCGGUAAAGAUUUAUUCCAGUAUGGUAGUAAACCUAUAGGCAUGAUUUUGAAAACGACUGGACUCCCAAGAUCGCAGGUAGUAGACAGCCUCCGUACAUUACUCAAAUUUGAUCUCGCAAGCUUUGAACCGUCAGCAAAUGAAGUAAUUGCCGAUUAUAAACUGAUUCCUGAAAAUGUUCUUCUGCUGAUACGAUAUCCCAGGUACCUUCUUCAAAUGAAGAGCAAAUUCGGCAGCGAGGCAGAGUUACUGGUGGAAGAGCUGUUGCAACAAGCUACAUGCACCGCCACGGUCCUUCUGGUCACAAUAGCUAACAAAUACAAAGAUGAUAAGGAAAAGAACAUAAACAUAGUUCAACUGAAAGAUGUAUUCAUAAGCCUGGCAACAGCAGGGUACAUUCAACAAGCCCCCGUGGCCGAGCUAAAGGAAGGCAGUGAAAUACCCACUCUAGUGCCCGUAGCUACAAUCGUCCCAGACAUUGAUGUCAGGAACUUGAUACAAAUCAUGAAUUCUGGGACUUUAGCUGAAGUUAAUGACAAUGUCUACUGGAGGAUAAACUAUGACAGAUUCCAUCAGGACUUCAGAGAUGAAAUUAUGAUCAAAGCAAUCACAAGGCGUAUUGACGAAAAUGCGGGCGAGUUAAUGAAGUUCCUGCUCCAACAAAUGUACCUGACGUCGUCUCCGUGGGCGCCGGAAUCCAACCCGACUUCGGCCCUGGACCUGAAGGAGUGCUGCCGGCGCGUGGCCAGCGAGCGACCACUACUGCACCAGCACUUCGACCAGUACCUCAAAGUGUUAGAGGAUAGCGGCGCGGGCUUCGUGCGACGCUGCGGGGAGGCGGGCGGCGGGCAGCUGGUGGUGCGCGCGCGGCGGGCGGCGGCGCAGCUGGUGGGCUCGCUGGUGGAGCACGCGGUGCAGGAGCGCCUCGGCUCCAAGGCCGCCAGGAUAUUCAGGUUGAUCCGUGCAAAAAAAUACAUAGGUGAAGAAGACAUUCAGAAGCACGCAAUGUUGCCCAACAAGGAAUGCAAGGAACUCACCUACAAGUUAUUGGAGGAACACUUUAUUAGCGUUCAGCCAAUGAGGAAAGCGGCAUCUGCAGGUGGAAUGGCGAAAGCUAUUUACUUGUAUCACGUCGAUCUACAUGAUGUGGCGCACAGCACAGCGCAGAUGUGCUACGCAGCCCUUCACAACACGGCGCGGCGCGGCGCGCACGAGCGGCGGCAGCACGCGCGUCUGCUGCGCAAGCAGCGCCGCGUGCGCACCAUCGUGCACGGCAUGCGGCUGAGGCACGAGCCGCAGCAACACAUCGACGACGUGGAAGAGACCUUGACGCCGCCGGAGCGCGCGUCCCUCGCCAGCGUGGAGGCGCGCCUGAAGCAGCUGGCCACCGCCGAGCUGGAGCUCGACCGCGCGCUCUUCAUACUCGACUGGUUCUUCGCCUACCCGCGCUAAUCAGGCUUGGGAUGAUCACGUGACGCGGGCUGAUCACGUGACCAGCCUGCAGUCAGCUGGAGCUCGACCGCGCGCUCUUCAUACUCGACUGGUUCUUCGCCUACCCGCGCUAAUCAGGCUUGGGAUGAUCACGUGACGCGGGCUGAUCACGUGACCAGCCUGCAGUCAGCUGGAGCUCGACCGCGCGCUCUUCAUACUCGACUGGUUCUUCGCCUACCCGCGCUAAUCAGGCUUGAGGUGGUCACGUGACGCGGGCUGAUCACGUAACCAGCCUGCAGUCACGUGCAGUCACCUGCAGCCAGCUGAAGCUCGACCGCGCGCUCUUCAUACUCGACUGGUUCUUCGCCUACCCGCGCUAACCUGGCUUGGGGUGAUCACGUGGUCUCGGGUUGAUCACGUAACCAGCCUGCAGUCACGUGCAGUCACCUGCAAUCGGCUGGAGCUCGACCGCGCGCUCUUCAUACUCGACUGGUUCUUCGCCUACCCGCGCUAACCUGGCUUGGGGUGAUCACGUGACGCGGGCUGAUCACGUGACCAGCCUGCAGUCACCUGCAGUCGGCUGGCGCUCGACCGCGCGCUCUUCAUACUCGACUGGUUCUUCGCCUACCCGCGCUAAUCAGGCUUGGGUGAUCACGUGACGCGGGCUGAUCACGUGACCAGCCUGCAGCCACGUGCAGUCACCUGCAGUCAGCUGGAGCUCGACCGCGCGCUCUGCAUACUCGACUGGUUCUUCGCCUACCCGCGCUAAUCAGGCUUGGGGUGAUCACGUGGUCUCGGGUUGGUCACGUGACGUGGGCUAAUCACGUGACGCGGGCUGGUCACGUGACAUCGCCGCAUUAAUUAGUGAUCGCCUGUGAGUCCUCGGCGUUGUUCACGUGGUUAUUGACUACAGUGUGGUUGGCGGACAUUUAGCCUAUGCGCAGACCAUCGAUUUUUCGUCGGCCGAUAGUUUAGUCGGGCGGUUGAUCAGUAUGGACAUAUUGGGCAUGUAUGGAAGUGCGCACAUUACACCGAUUUGAUUUGGUCGAUUCUUUAUACAAAUUAAAAUCGGGCCCAACUAUCGGUCAACUAAAAAUCGAUAGUCUGCGCCUAGACUUAUGACUUAUAGAUCGUUUAAUCCAUGAAGACGCGCCCCACCAAGUUUUGGUCUACGGAAGCGCGGUGCGGGGAGUUUCAUCCGAGCAAUACGAGCGUCAAUAUUGUAGUGUGCGUAUGUAGUCAUGGAUUAUUUGGCGGAAGAAUCACAGUAGAUAAAUUAAACAGUACGGAAGCUUCAUACAAACGCUCGAAAUCAGACUCACGCACACAGACGCACGCUUUACACGGGCUCUAAGCGAACCUCGCAGUCCAUCCGUCGCGAGUGUCGCGCGCGUUGUGUUUUUAAUAAUAAUUUUAUUGCAUGCACUGUCCGCUGUAUUUUUUAAAACAUGCCACGAGUGUAUUGCGUAGUAUACGGCUGCUUGAACUCGGCAUCUUCAAAACCAGAACUAUCAUUUUUUAAACUUUGUAAUAAUUCUGAAUUGUAAAAAUGAUUAAAUUUUACUUUUUAAAUAAAGUGCUUACAUCUGGUUUUGUAAUAGUUCUUUUUAAAUUACGUAAUUACGCUUAUUAACAAUUUAUGUGUUCUAUUUGAUAAAGUAAUUUGCUCCGCACGCUUUUGUACUAAGUGAUGAACUGUAUUUAAAAUGAGGCAAUAGGUAUGUGAAAGUAAGUAUCCGGUAUUUUAUUUAUGAGAAUAGAUCUUCUACCGGCCUCUAAUAAUACUUAAUCAAUUUAUUCGAUUAUGUAAUCGAUCAUUAUAGAACCUAAUUAACGUUUUAUUUUUUUGUUAACUACUUAGUCAAUUAAUUUAUUCCAUUAGGUAUUUGAUAAUUAAAAAACCUAAAUAAACGUUUUAAUAAAUAAGUAAGUACGAACCUUAUUAUUUUAUAAAGAUUAAGAGUGCCAACCCUAACACUCAGUUGAAGUGUAGGUAUAUAACUCGCCGAAAGGGCUAAGUUUCCGUACUGCUUUAGCUCAUAUAUAUACUGUGGAAGAAUGGUGUGGCGCGUCUUCGUGGAUGAAACGAUCUAUACCAAGGUGUGAUGAUUACGGACAAAUAAGUGUUACAGUGACAUUUAGGUGCUAUUGAUUUUAUAGUAACCUUGUAAGGUUUGUUUUUCUGCUAACGUUGACGUCACUUACGGUGACGGGUCGUCCUGCCCUUCGAUUAAAUCUUCGGAGAAGAAAAUAGUUAACUUUGUAAUUGGUUCAGUUGAAAGUGAUUGAGAUAUAAUCAAUGAAAUGAUGAGACUGUUGGUACUUUUAUCUGACUAUUUAUACGAAUAUGUUCGUAUAGUUUACAGAUAUUUAUACUAGUACAUGUGUAUUUUUAAACUAAUAGAUUAUUAUUACACACUGUAAUACACUUAGGAUUAAUCGAAAUAUCUUAUAAGGAUUUUGUUUUGUAAAUAAAAGUCAUAUAAGUUACGUUCUUAAAAUUUUAUUUGACCCCAUUGAAACUCAAUAGUCAUUCAAACAAUGUACAACCUAUUAGUGUCGAUCGAUAUUAUAUAAUUAUAAAAUAUAUCCGACUAUCUACAUCAGCAGCCAUUCCACACGAAAAAUGAAAUUAAAUGUGCAUUUCACAUAAUUUAUAAGCAAAAUAUAUCUUCGGGGAAAAGAAACAAGAGUUCUCUUUAGCAUUAUUAUGUUUUGUCUUUCUGUUAAUACCUAAGUGUAAAAACGACAGAACAUAGUUGAUUCACAAAUCGGCAAUUUAAAACCUAACUGGGCAGGCUUCAACAAACAAAACCUCUAUUAACAUCUCGGUUAAAACUUUAAGAUAUGUAAAUAAAUAUUGCAUUAAUUAUACCCAAGCUGAGAAAAAUUAUGUACUGUUGUAUUCAGCCGCCCAUAUCUACCCAACCAACCAAAAUGACAAUUAAUCAACAUUAUUAUAAUCAUCAAUUAAUAUUAACAAGUAUAUAGUUAUGUAUGUAUGUAGUAAACACCUGUUAUACAGUGACACCUAUUAAUUUAUUAUUUAAUUACAGAAAUCGACCGUUGCAUGUCUUGACUUCACUACAGAAAUUAAAUAAUUUUCCUAUAAACUUUGUCCUAUUGCAUUUUUGCUAACCCAAUUUUUUACAAAAUUAUAAAAUCACAUUUAUUUUCUACGUAAUUGCAGCUAUAGUUAGUCACUGGCAGAUAUUUAUUAUGAGACAAGGUUUGAGGAGCUAAUAUUAUAAUAUAACAUAGACUUAUUUUGAUGAACGUAAAUGUUUUUUCGCAUGUCAAUGCCGUUCCUAUUCUAAAGUUAUGAGUAUUAAAGAGCAUAAUCGUCUGUAAUAUUGUAAUAUUGCUGAUGAUUAAUCCACCU